UACCCGGCAGAAACGCACAAGACGUGAAACAUGGCGGACAUAUCAGUCAGCAUUCAAGCAUACGCAAAACUUUUGCUUCACGCGGCAAAGUAUCCCCACUGUGCCGUGAAUGGUAUUCUUCUAGCUGAAGAUAGUAAAAAUGUGAAAGAAAAGAAGCAAAUUAAAUUUGUGGACUGCAUUCCAUUAUUUCAUAUUUCCUUGACACUUGCACCAAUGCUGGAGGCAGCCUUACUUCAGAUUGAUUCCUACUGCAAAAGUAAAGGAUAUGUGAUCGGUGGAUACUACCAAGCCAAUGAGCAUUUACAAGAUAACGAUUUGAAUCCUAUAGCUCGGCAUAUUGGGAAGAAAAUACAUGACUACUACCCAGAUGCUUGUAUAUUUAUGAUCGACAACAACAGAGUGAACCCUGAAUCAACUCGAGAUGUGUACAAGGUUUUCUCUAUGAAGGAUUCUGCAGACUGGAAGGAGGUGAAAAAUGACACGAUAGACGAAGAUACACGACAAACAUCAGCAGUAUUGUUGGAACAAGAGCAGUUUAGAUAUCUCACAGACUUUGAUAACCAUUUGGACAAUGUAGCUAAUGAUUGGAGGAACACACAACUCAAUGAACUUAUCAGCAAAUGCUCAUAGCCAGUGUGUAGCUUCAGGGAAAUUCAUGCUUUAUCGUUGUUAACUAUCAUUAAGUGAGCGAUUAUCAUUUAUCACUGUAAAAAUUUGUAUAUCAAAAAUGUUUUCGUUAUUUGUAUGAAAAUAGAGUCAUUACUCUUUUUUUUUAAUUGAUUUUUUAGGUUUCCUUAAGAAGCAGCUCUAUUUAGAAUAGCGUAGGAUUUUUCAGUAAUCCAGCUGGGAUUUGAAAAUAGAACUAUGAGCUAAUUAAACACAUUUGUAUGAAAUUUGGCAUGAAAUAUGUUCAAUACAAGUACUUUCGUUUGUUUUACGUUAAUUAACAAGUUUGUAAUGGAGUUGGCAGGACUACCCACUUGUGACUUAUAAGUAUACGGAGUUUUGUUCAAAAUGAAGAAAUGCAGCGCUUAUAAUACAAUUUAGUUAUUCAAUGCCUUAUAUUAAAUGAAGUUUUCUAAAAUUGUCAAUAGACCUAAAACUUAUCUUGAAAAACAUUUAAAUUGUAAAUAGUGCCAUUGUUGUGUGCAGAGAAUGUACUGGAGCACCAAGAUACCUAACAGGGUUUUUUUCCUCACAAUUUAGGGAAUGGAGUUAGGGCCUCUCUGAAUGGAAAAAUGUGGGGGGGGGGGGGGGGGAAAUGGGGCUUUGGGACAAUUUUGCCUAGAAAUGAUUAAGAAUGCUUUAAAAAUAGACAGAAAUAAUAAAAAAAAAUAGAUUGUUUCUUUAAGAAUACACAAAGUCAACCAUACAAAACAUUUUAGGAUCUAAAUCUUUUAUAUAUUUAAAAAAAACAA